GUCAGACGAAGGCCUUGAGAACACGUCCAUAUUGCCAUUAGAUAUCAAUUAAAAGCUUAGUUUAUGAUAGAACAGGAAAUGUCUUUGUUUUAUAUAUUUUUAGUGAUAUCACAGUUAUUGUUAGUAGAUGGACAGUAUUAUGUAGAGUCGCCGUGCCCGCAAUUGUUUGAAUAUAAGUCGGAUAACAGAGGAAGCUAUGGAGCUAUUCGCUUACAGCUGUCUGGACCCGUUACGUCUAUUGUAUUGAGGACAAAUUUUACAAUAGCUGCAAGACUUCCUUCUAAUUACGUUGGCAGCAUUGAAUUAAUUGGCAAUGAGUUGUCAUCUCUACAGAACUUCAAACGUGGAGCUGCCAUAAACUAUAGAGUUAAUUUUCCCGUGAGUUCACCUCUGCCUCGACUAACAGGACUUUCAGUAAAUGACAACUUACUCUGCUUCGCACUAGCUGAGCGACCUGGGGGACAGUAUAUUACAACAAUAAGCCUUCAGCAUACGUUAUUCAAAAGAAAUGAUCCUAACGGUCUGUAUGACUCACCGCCUCCAAUCUUCACAAAUAAUCCCGGACCAGAAGUAGUAGAAAAUAGACCUCGACCGCAGCCUCAACCUGGCUUUGAUAUUACGUACGUUCCUAAUAUUGGAUCAGAUCGUGAUGUAAUUGUGGUAUACGAGUACCCUCAACCACCAAUACGGCAACCCGAUAAGAUAAAUAGAAACCCACCAAAACCACCACCUUCAGUGCAAACAGUUUAUCAAGCACCAGAUGACUAUCUGAAUGAUAGACCUCAAUUUAAUAGAAUACCAGCAGUAGUCCAGGAGAACCCGGUCAAUGAUGGCCGACGUCCGACGAUUACCACACAGCGUCCUCAAACAACGACGACUGAAGCUCCUCAAACUUCUAGAAAACCGGUGCUAUUAUCAACAGAGCAGCCAUACGAAGAAUGUGGACUCUCAUCAGAGAACGUACCGCUCAUAUAUCAAGGCAAUAGCUAUCAGCGCGGGGAGUGGCCCUGGCUAGUUGCUAUAUACAAACGAAGAACCAACAGCCUUAGCUAUAUCUGCUCUGGAACACUAGUUUCUAAUCAGCAUGUUAUUACAGCUGCGCAUUGCAUGCACGGGAAGGCUACGAUUACUUCGAAGAGAGAUAUUGUUGUAAAAGUUGGUGUGUUCAAUCUUGAAGACUGGGGCGAUGAUGACAUCACUGUUACAAGGAAACUUAGUUUUGCUACCGUCCAUGAAUCUUAUAAUGCGUCUAAUCUUGCAAAUGAUAUUCUUGUGAUGACUUUGGACAGAACAGUACGUUUCAAUGAAAAUAUAAAACCAGCAUGUCUGUGGACGGGAAAUCCAGAUUUGAAUCAAAUUGUGGGCAAAACUGGAGUGGUAACGGGAUGGGGAGCAACUGAGACUGGUCCUGGAGGUGGUGGUGAACCCAGAAUGGUUCGAAUGCCAGUCGUAAGCACGAAGGAAUGUCGAUCCAGCAAGCCCGAGUUCCACAAACUUACCUCACACAACACACUAUGCGCUGGGAACCGCACGGGAGCAGGACCCUGUUUAGGGGAUUCUGGAGGAGGGUUAUACAUUAAAGAUGGUGGACGAUGGAAGCUCCGUGGUGUUGUUUCUCUGUCUCUUAUCUCUCAGAAUGAGGAGCAAACUUGUAACCUUGACGAAUAUAUCGUAUUCACCGACGCGGCUCAAUAUCUUAACUGGAUUAAAGAUGCAAUGUCUAAAAAACCGUCCAGUGAUUAAAUGCUUUUCUUUAUAGAA